AUUUAUGGUCGCCGGAGGAGCGCCGAUUGUCGCUGCUGUGUCCUUCCCAGGAGCAGGAAAUACCUGGCUCCGUUAUAUUACAGAAGUCCUCAGCGGGAUCUUCACGGGUUCUGUUUACCACGACGAAACCCUUGCCCUCAAAGGAUUCUGGGGCGAGAGGGACGGCUACAGACAAGGAACAACAAUAAUACAAAAAACACACAGUUUUCCCCUUUUACCAGAUGAGGUGAAAGACGGAAUCUACAACGGCCAAGAGUUCCGAUUCCUGGUUCCAGCGGAACCCCGGAAAGUGGUGGUCCUCCUGAGGAACCCUUGGGAAUCCCUCCUGGCGCUGAGGCACUACCACGCGGCGGGUCACACCGGAUUCGCCAACAUGGCCUUCUUCAAAGGGCCUGAAUGGGCGAAUUUCACCAGCGAAAGAGCGCAGCUCUGGGUCCAGCUGUACACUGCAUGGCUGUCACUUCCGAACACACACGUCCAUGUUGUUCAUUAUGAGCACCUGCAGCAUGGACUGGAAAAAGAGGCAAAGCGCUUGGUGAAGUUUCUUGGACUCACCUUGGACUACGGCCGUCUGGAAUGUCUCAUCAGGUAUCCUGAGGGAAGAUUCCGACGUCCCAAGUACCCAAAGCAUCUCCAGGGAUACAACUUCCCUUCCGCCUCAGCGAACAUCCUGCGGGAUGGGAUGGGGAGCGUGGACUCCCUCCUACGACAGGGGGGACACCCCAGCCUCCCCACCCACCUCUACUCCUUCACCCCUCCCAUACAGGAUACGUAGUGGGAUGGGGGGUGCCUCGAAGGAUUCUACAAUAUCUACAAACUAUUGUUUGCUUGUUACUCGUCGUCUCAUAAUACUAACGUUUAAGAACGUUUCAUAUAUUGCGAACAGUUUUUAGUAUGUUUUUGCAGUCGUGUGUGGAAAAUGUUGGAAAUGUUUUGUUAAAAGGAUUUUUGGGGGGUAUAUUUGAAAAAGUUUCGUUAGAAGGACUUUUUGGAAAAUGUUGGAUGUGUUUCGUUAAAAUGACAUUUAUGGAAAGUACUGAAAUAUUUCGUUAAAAGGAUUUUUUUUUUACUGUUGAGAACUUUUCGUAAAAAGGACUUUUUAGAAAAUGUUGGAUGUAUUUCGUUAAAAGGACAUUUUUUGGAAAAUGUUGAAAUGUUUCGUUGAAAGGAUUUUUUUUUCAAAAAGUUGAAAAUGUUUCGUUAAAAGGACAUUUUUUGGAAAAUGCUGAAAUGUUACAAUAAAAGGAUUUUCUUCAAAUGUUGAAAAUGUUUCGUUAAAAUUACAUUUUUUUUUGGAAAAAGUUGACAAUAUUUCGUUAAAAAUAUAUUUUUUUGGAAAAUGUUGGAAAUGUUUCGUUAAAAAGACAUUUUUUGGAAAAUUUUGACAAUAAUUCGUUAAAAUAAUAUUUUUUUGGAAAAUGUUGGAAAUGUUUCGUUGAAAGGACAUUUUCAAAAAUUAUUGAAAAAAUUUCGUUAAAAGUACAUUUAAGAAAAAAUUUAAAAUAUUUUGUUAAAACUAAAUUUUAAAAUUUGUUUUUAAAUAUUCCGUUAACAAUACAUUUACCCGUUUGCUGAACUGCAAUACAUCGAGAAAAGAUACUUUUUUAGUUCGGUUAUAGAUUGCGAUAUAAUCCCACGACGUUGGGAGUUAUAAGAGAAUAAUAAAGCGUUAAUCAAAGAAAAGUUUCUACUAACCAAGUUCCGAAGAAUACUGUUCAUAACGAUUAAGAAUGUAUCGAUUUCUACAAGAAAAACUUAUUAAAAUAUAGAAUAACAAUUACAAUGCCCACAACCAUGUGAUAAAAGAAAAUCAAAAAGCGGCAGUCACACUAAAAUUAACUUUGAAUAAAUAGGAAUUUGUACAAAACUUUUUGUUAUGGAACACACUAUAAUAAUUUUCAUAGAAGAAACUCAUAUGCAUAGUUCCAAAAAUAAUCAAUGAAAUUCCGAUGUCCAUAAUUCAUUUCAUUGUCCGUUACUUUCUACACCAAACAUAACGUCAUCAUUAUAGAAUAGGUUUCAUACACAUAUGUAAACAUUUGUUUUGACUAUACUGUCGAGGGAAAUCUGUAAAUAAAAGUAUUAAAAACAAUACGCAAAUGAAUAUAUUAAAUACUAAGAAAAAAAAGUGAUAUGUCCGUGACUCUCUAAAAAUACUCAUAAUAGCACUAUUAUUCUUAAUACAUGACUUUUAUAUUAAUACUAAAAAUAUUAUUACGUUUGCUAAAAAAUAUCAAUAUUUUUAGUCGAAUUCGGACGCAAAGAAAUCGAGUUAAAAUUCAGAGGAGUUUUUUACUUGAGGUUUUAUAAAUACUAUAACCAGUGAAGUAAAAAUUAUAUUACAUUAAUAGUGGACAAAGACAACGCAAGUUUUUCUGUCUACAAUUUGUAUACAAGUGUUUUAUAUGCAUACACACGUAUAUGCAUGCUAAUAAAUAUAGAUUGAAAUUGAUUGUUUCACGGCUGUAA